AUGGUCGUGGAUGAAUGGCACAACAAUGGGCCUCAGGAUCUCGUCACGGUAUCUCAGUGCAUUCAAAAUCCCAUCAAUAAAAUGCACCUGUGUUUGUUGUCCAUAACAUACGCCUGCCCAUACCAUAACCCCACCGCCACCAUGGGCCUCUCGAUCCACAACGCUGACAUCAGCAAACCGCUCACCCACAAGGCACAAUACACGCUGUCUGCCCUGUACAGUGAAAACCGGGAUUCAUUCGUGAAGAGAACACCUCUCCAAAACAGAGAAAUAGCUUUUUCAGCUUCACUGAUGCAAUCUGGCAGUGGAUAUACUGGUCCUUUUACCACUGACAUCACACUGACCUACAAGAACGUCUUCACAAACAUAGGGAACGCCUACAACCCAAUUACAGGUAUUUUCACAGCCCCACUGAAAGGAGCGUACAUGUUCAGAGUCUCUAUAUAUGGUCAUGCCCCAAAUACAGCAGGUGCAUUUAUUUAUAAGAAUGGAGAGCGUGUGGUUACAGCAUACGAUAUUCAGGAUCAGGGUCGGACAAACUCCUCAAAUGGAGUUCUGUUGAUCCUGGAGGUUGGAGAUGUUGUCUAUGUGAAACUUGGGUCUGGCAGGAGGAUAUAUGAUAACGAGAAUAACCACAACACUUUCAGUGGUUUCCUACUGUUUCCCUUAAGAUAACAGGAGAUUUGAAGAAUGUGAUUUCAAUAAUUCUGAACCUAAUGAUGAAAAUCAUGACGAAUCAUUAACAUAUGAACCUGUAUUAAUGAGGACUAAUGUGUGUUGAAGUUUGCAGUCGAUUACAGUAUAAAGUCAGUAUAAUACACUAUAAUCAAAGUUCUGAUCUGUCUAUUCAUGUAAGUUUGUAUAAAGAGUUUCAGCAUUGAGACAGACAGGACCCAUGAAUAUCACAUGUGACUCAAAAGUGUUUUGUUAAAGUAAUAAAUCUAAAAUGUUAAAUAAUACCUUUUUAAGUGUAUCUUGUUACUGAUCCUUGAUCUGUAUCUAUUCAUCCUACAUUAAUAAGUAAGAG